AUGGAUUCGCGCCGCACAGGCCAGGCGCCGCGGCUCUCGCUGGGUACGCCGUACCGGAGAAAGGAGAGUGCGCCUGUCGGAGGGCCAGAACAGUCUGGAGAGGCAGCUGUGCGUGCCACAGACACGGAUGCUCUUUUUUCGCGCAUUUCUGCGGUGCAAGCCGGCUAUGUAGCGCCGGAUGCCUAUGCUGCGCUCUUUGUUGCGGGACAGGACGCGCCUAGCCGGCGUCCGCUGCUCAUCAAUAUCGGCACGGCGCUGAGGAGUGGCGAAGUGGAUGCGCGGGUGCAUGCGUUUCUCCUGAGCGCAUCGCUCCAAAUCCCGAGCGACGAAAAGCAAGUCCCAGGCGUGCAGAUCCUGAGCCUCGGCGCGGGAAGCGACACGCGAUUCUGGCGCCUGAGCGAGUCAGACGUACGUACACCGAGUCUCACGCAGAAAAAUCUAGCGGCGCGUGUCCAGCGUUACGUCGAGGUCGACUAUGCGCAGAUCACCGCGAACAAGGCGAGCGCGAUACGCAAGCACGACGAGCUGCGCGCGCCUUUGGGCACGCUAAAAGAGAGCGAGAAUGAGUCCGAGAUUCAUUCGGCGACCUAUGCUCUCCUCGCAGAAGAUUUGCAUACUUUGGGCGGCGAGGCGCCCACGGCCGGCAUGGACCGGCUCCUAGCGCAGCUCGAUCCGAACGUGCCGACACUGCUGCUCUGGGAGUGUGUCUUGGCCUACAUGGAUCCGAGUGCCGCGAACCGAUUUCUGGAGCGGCUUUUUUCCUACUUUCCGCACGUCGCUAUUCUUUGUUACGACAUGUGCAUCAGCGGCGAUCAUGCCGAGCCCGACGCGCCGCCAGACCGGUUUGGACGCAUGAUGCUCCAAAACCUCUCUGCACGUCGUUUAGAGCUGCCAGGCGCGCGUAAGUACACGACGCCGGCCUCGUACGCGGACCGAUUCCAGCGUCUCUUGCAAGCCGCGCACGAAAACGGCGCGAUCCACAGCGACGCCUACUCGCUACGCCACGUGUGGUUGGCGCUCGACGGGGCCGAGCGCCACCGCUUGUCACGCUUGGAAGGACUGGACGAGGUGGAAGAGCUCGAGAUGCUCUUGGGACAUUACUGUAUGAGCUGGGCCGAACGAAUCCUAUAG